AUGGACGACUCAAUCUUCGGCCCUUUCCCGAACAGAGCUCUGAUGAUAUCCGACGAAGGCAUCUUCUUCAGGCAUGAGGGGAACGAUCGACCCAUAGAUCUGGAUUACAACGUCGGGGCGCUGGAAGAAUUCUUUACUGUGCCCGAAGACGUUCACGCCGAGUCUUGUCCUGCAUGCGACGACAUAGCCGCAGGAACAACCUCUCUUUCCGAAGAAUAUCCUCAUGGCUGGAAGCUCGUGUCAUGCCACCGACAUGCUAGAAUCUUGAAUGAUAUCACCGAUAACACUAGAUUUGUUGGUGGAGUACGCGAAAACAGUAGAGCUGCUGCGACUCGCUACUACAAACGCCAAAGCAAACAAAAAGAACGGCGUAAAUCAACCCCUGCAACGGCAGAAUCGACCACUGUCGCAACAACAGCCCUUGCACCACCGGAAUCAGCAGAAUGUGCCAUCUGCCUAGAGGCAAAGCCGAAUAUCAAAAUCGACUGCGGCCACACUUUUUGCUCCCCGUGUAUCGCACAUUGGGCCGAAGAACAAAUCGAUCAUAAUCUCGCCGAAUGGUUCGAAGAGUGCCCUGAUGUGCUAAUCGAGUUCCCUAUCCUCAAACAUCACGCCAAAUCUCGAUACACGUGUCCAAUGUGCAGAUAUCAUGGUCAGCACACAAAACAAAGUCGACGUGGAAAGAAGACCUGGAACAAUGUCACAAGAGGUCUGCCGCCUAUCGACUCAUCGAGGGGUAGGAGAGGUGGACAGAGAAGGAGGAGGGUGAGAGAGGCACAUGAAAGAGCAGCUGUGGAGGGAGCGACAAUUGAUUUGCCACGCGCACCUCCGAGCAUGCCGUUAGUGACUAGACUGCCCCCUAUAUCUCCUGAAGUGAGAUCGACGAGACGGCAGCGCGUGCAUGGCAGACCAAGAGGGUCUAAUCACUGA